CAACGCGCCAGAGUACACGCACUUGUCAUGAAUGGCCGGUCCGUCGGGAGACGUGGUGCGGUGGACGAAGCGCAUCUCGGCGCUGGCGAGGAGCGGGCGCGCGGCCGAGGCGGUCGCGGCGUUCGCCCGGAUGGACGCGGCGCCCAACGCGCUCACGCUCGCGAGCGUCCUCCCGGCGUGCGCAAGGCUGCGGAGUCUCGGCCUCGGGCGAGCCAUCCACGGGUUCUGGCUCCGCCGCGGGGGCGUCCCCGGCGCCAACCCGAUCCUGGACAACGCCGUGCUGGACGUGUACGCCAAGUGCGGAGCGCUGGCCAGCGCGCGCAGCCUGUUCGACGGAAUGCCAGAGCGGGACGUCUUCUCCUGGACCACGAUGGCGUGGGCGCUGGCCAGGAGCGGCUGUCCGCAGGACGCCGUCGCCAUGUUCCGGGCGAUGGUGCUCUCGGACGACGGCGAGCCGAACGAGGCCACUGUGGUCAGCGUCCUGCACGCCGUGGCGUCCACGGGAUCUCUGGCAUGCGGCAAGCUGCUGCACUCAUACGCGAUAAAGCGAGGACUCAGCGGCAGCGAGCGGGUCAUCGUCGACAACGCGCUGAUUGACGUCUACGGCAAGUGCGGGGAGGCAAGGCUGGCGUUCGAGGCGUUCGACCUGCUCCCAGACAAGGACAUGAUAUCCUGGGGCACCGUCAUGAGGGCCAUGGCCGUGCACGGCCGGUGCAAGGAGGCAAUGCAGCUCUUCUCCCUGAUGCUGCGCCGUGGAGUUCGGCCGGACGGCGCCGUGUUCCUGGGCCUGCUCUAUGCCUGCUGCCAUGCCGGGAUGGUGGCCCAGGCGAUGCACUUCCUGGGCGCCAUGAAGAGGGUUUACGGUAUCGCGCCAGGGAGGGAGCACUACACGUGCGUGCUCGACGCCUGCGGCCGAGCCGGGCGGUUCGACGAUGUUGGAGAGAUCUUCAGGCGGAUGCCGGUGGAACACGACCGGAAGGCGCUCGGAGCUUACUGGUCCCAUGCAAGUGCAAGUAGCGGGGACAGCGUCGCCGGUGAGCAGCUCCGGGAGUGGUUUAUCGACGGAAGAGUGGACGCCGGAGGGGGCACCUACGCGCUCGUAUCCAACUCGCUGGCUGAUGCGGAGCGAUGGGACAAUGCCUGUGCUGUCAGGGGAAGGAUGGCGGCAAGAAGGAUCAGCAAGCCUGUUGCUUGCACUUGGAUUGAAGUGUAGCUUCGUGGUCUGUCCGACAUCACCAUCGAACACGGUAAAGAAUUUCCAUUCAUGAAACCAGAUCUUUAUGUACAAGUUGCAUUUAGAUAAGGAAAUGAACAGUGCGACGGCACCAUGAAGAAUUUCCUAUCGAGUUGAACUGAGCGAAAUACAGAGUAUGUUGUUACAAGAUUAAAAGAACUUUACCAUGCAA